AUGUCUAGUGAUACUAAUAAUAGAGAAAGGGCAAUAAAAUCAUUAGAAAAAAUCAAAAAAGAAUGCUUAAAAAGUGCAAAUGAUUUAAAGAAAAAACUUGAAAAUUGUGAGAGCGAAGCGGAAAAAGAAAUAAGUAGUUUAGAAAAAAAUUGUAUAAUGGCUAUUGAUUAUGCAAUGCAUUUUAUUGAAAAGUUACCUGAAAAUAGUCGGGAAACACCAGAAAAAAUUAAAAACUCUUAUUAUAAAUAUAAUUGAAUUCUUCAAGAAAAGCUCAAGCAUUUUUAUCUCAAACUCUUUUAAAAAUCAACCAUUAAGUAUCAUUAUAUAUAUUUGAUAUAUGAAUCUCCAAGAAGUUUCAGCCCAAGUCAAUUAUUAGAAUCAUUUAGACUAAAAACUGAAAAUUCUCUAUUAAAUAACAAACUUAAACAAAUCUCUCCUGCUAGAAAAUCUCCAGCAAGAGCACCUGAAAGUCCAGCAGAAAAUGAAUUAAUAGGGAGAAUUAAAGAAGAAAACAAAGAAUUAAAAGAAAAAUGUGAGAGAUAUGAAAAAGAAAUUAGUGAAUUAGGCUAUAAAUUAGCUGAGGCUGACGAAGUUUAUAAAGAGCAAGAAAAUGCUGUAGAGAGGCUAAUGCAAAAUAGUUUUCAAGUCCGGGUUGAAAAUUCUCAAUUGAUUUUAGAUAACAGGAAAUUCAGGAAUAUAAUAGAAGAAUUAAGAAUAAAAAACGAGUUUAGCAAUAGUGAAAGCAGUAAAAAAACUUUGAGUGUAGUCUGUGAAAAGAGUAUAGGAAUUAUUAGCAAAAUGAAAAAUAAAAUAGCAAAAAUUGAAAAUUGUGGGAAUAUUAUAUGCUAUCCUGUUAUUAAGGCAAACAAAGCGAAAUUUUCUUUUGGGAGUCUCGAAGAACUUGCGGAUAGACAUCAUAAUAGCAAAAAUUUAGAAAUUGAAACUCAAAGAGAUAUAAAAAUCUAUGGUAGAAGUGCAAAGAAGUUUCGACCCUACUUAGAGAUUGAUUUUUUAUCGAGAUUUAAUAUAAAGGCUAACUCUCCCCUCCGUGAGUGAACAAAACCAUUAGAAAAAUCGCUAUUUUUUGCCCAAAAACCCACCCUCCGUGAGUGAACAAAAAUUUUUUUAAUAGAAAAAUUUUUUAUGGAAAAAAUUUUGAUAUAUAAAUAAUAAUUAGUAUAAUGAAAUCUAGAGCCAAUCUGUUUAAUUUUAAACGAAUUGCUUUUUUAAAACAUAAAUUUUACAAAUUGAAUUAAUAUUUGCUUUCCAAUUUUUGCGAAUUAGGAUUUUUUUAAAUUUCGAAAAAAAAUAUUUGUUAUAAAAUUUAUAUAUAAAUUUUUUUAAAAAAAAAAAAAAUUAACACCUCUCCGUGAGUGAACAAAAUUUUUUUGUUCACUCACGGAGGGGGGGAGUAAGCCAAAAAUUAUGAGCGAAGAUUCUAUUAAUGCUAUCUCUUUUCAAGUAAAGCCAAAAUUGGCUCUGAUAACUAAGAGCAUACAAAUAUUUCCUAUCAAAAUGAAACUAAACAAACCUACAAAUUAUACGAGAUCUGAUCUCAAUCAUAUACACAUUUUUCCUUUGAAAAUCGAAGUGCUACAAUUUUCUAGCCAGAUAUCCAGAGUAGAAACACAAAAAUCUAACUGUUUAGUUAUUGAAAAAUUAAUGCCAAGAAUAAAAAUCACCCCUCCAAAAAAGUGAUAUCAAAAAGAGCAAGCCACAUUGACUCUUGACAUAAAACUCAAAGAAUCAUCAACCCAUAGUUUGCCAAUCUUUCCUACAAUCCAAAAAUUACAUCAAUAUAGGCCAAAUUUAAAUAUUUCAAAAUCAUCAAUUUUUAUACAGAUUGCAAAGCAAAAUUUAAGUGAAUUUAGUAAUAAUGGUGCGAUAAUCCCAUUAAAAGUAAAAUCUUAUCAAUUGCAAAAUCUCCCAGCAUUAUCUUUUAAUAAUGGCACAAAAAAUAAAAAUGUGCAGCUUGUUUUCGAAAAUAUCAAUAUUUUUCAUACAGAAGAAGGAAUUAUUGAAGCUUGCAGGCCUAAAGACACGAGUGAUGAAGAAAUAGAAAUAUCAUCAACUUUAGCUUAUAUAAAACAUCCUUUAUCUAUUACAACUUCUUUUUCAUUUCAAGCUUUCCCUAAGCCGCUAAAACUUUUUGUGACAAAUUUACCAAGAGUUUUCCUUACUUCCCUCAUCCUUAAUUGAACGACGGGGAGUCUUUUUUAUUUUUAUGCAGAAUUAAUUAAAAAAUUUCAGAAAAAAUAUUCAAUUUUCUCAUAUAAAAAUACUAUGAAAAAGCUAUAAGAUAUAAAGUGUGCAAUAUAAUAUCAAUUAUGAUAGAAAUCACAUUAAAUUUGUUUAUUAGCAAUAUUCAUUAAAUUUUAAAUAUAGGUAGUAGAUUUGAGUUUGGAUAUUAUAUCAUUAUUGACCAUAUAAAAAUUAUUCGAUCAAGGAAGGAAUUAAUUCUCCCUAUUUAUAAAUAAAAUUAUUUGAUUAAGAAUAGGUGAAGUUAGAAAAACAAAGCCAAAAUUUUCCUUUUCUCAUGAGCGAGAGCUUACGCUAUCCCCAAUUCCUAAGUUGCCAUUAACUAAACAUUUAUUGCUCGUCACCUUAAAUCAUUUCGACGUCUGUCAAAAAGCUGAAUUAUUAGACAUAAAAUCCUUAUAUACCAUGAACAUUAUUAAAGGAAAGCCAACCUUAUCAAUUUGCCAAUUGAAGAAAUUUAAAUAUGUUCCAAUUAAAUUGUUAAGUAGUGCUGGAGAAGAGGAAUUUAAAACUGGAUCAUCUAGUCCUGGUAGAUCUCCAAGGAAGCAAAGGUCCGCAGCUAAUAGAAAACCUGCAAUUGAAGAAUUUUUUGCUUUGGUAAAAAUUAUAUAGACAUUACAAUCUGUAAUUAUGAAUAUGAAAAUUGAUGAAAGCAUAGGACCUCCAAAAGCAAACUCUGAAGAAUUAUUGAAAAUUGCUCAAGAAUCUAAAAUCCCUUUUAAUUUUUGGCAUGAUUGAUUAACUGAAAGAAUGAAAAUUAUUUAUAAGCAAAGCAAAAAAAAGCGCUAA